AAUGUGGAAAAACGUAAUUUUGUCCUCCUUUCACUGGAUUUCUACAGCAGUAUCCAUUUUAUAUGUGUAAACAACAGUUUGCAUUAAUUUGGCUAUCCUAUUAAAGCUAUAUGGGGGCAUUCUUCACGGUUGAAUGCUUCAGGAAGCCGUCGACUGUCGAAGAAGGCGGAAGUGGUGGAAGGGACAGGUUUCACUCGUGAAGUGGGUCUUUGCUCCAUCGAGCAAGUUGCUGGGCCAUCAAAACAAACACAACCCACAUUCACAGAGGCUAAUGUCAGCUCAGGCGACCACUGGUCGAUAUCUGCCUGCUGUUUCACCAUGCUACUGAAAUCAUGCUGCAUUUACACCAUCGGAGUUUUUUCUAUACUAAUUUUGAUCUCGGGUAUUGUUUUGGUCUUGUCGGACGUGUUUCCACACAUUGUACAGUCGCUGGUUAAGAAGGAAGUAGUUUUGAAGAAUGGAACUCUGGCGUUUGAGGCCUGGGAGAAUCCACCAGCCCCCAUUUACAUGCAGUUUUACUUCUUUAAUCUGACCAAUCCCAUGGAGGUGCUGGAUGGAGACAGGCCUGCAGUAGUGGAAAUUGGACCCUAUACUUACAGAGAGUACCGGCCUAUGGAGCAAGUGAAUUUCCAAGAAAAUGGUACUAAAGUGUCAGCUGUCAACACUAAGACCUACAUAUUCCAGCCUAACAUGUCCCGAGGUCCUGAGAGUGACCUCAUCAGGACAGUCAACAUCCCUUUUAUGACGGUGAUGGAGAAGUUCAAGGACAACUUCAUCGUGGCCAAUUUGAUCUCCUCCUACAUGACGGGCACAGACCAAGGCCUGUUUGUCACCCACACUGUGGGAGAGCUGCUGUGGGGAUAUGAAGACGGCCUGCUCAAAGCCCUCAGAACUGUCCAACCUGACCUGGAUGAUGUCUUUGGACUCUUCUAUAAGACAAACGCCUCCAACGACGGGGAAUACGUGUUCUUCACCGGACAGGAAAACUAUAAAGACUUUGCUAGAGUGGAUACGUGGAACGGUCAAAGCUCGCUGGAUUGGUGGACGUCUGAUGAGUGCAAUAUGAUCAAUGGAACCAAUGGUGCUUUUUUCCAUUCGGUCAUCGCUAAGAAUGAGACGCUCUACAUGUUCUCCUCCGACCUGUGCAGGUCUCUGUACGCUGUGUACGCGGAGGAUGUGAACGUGAAGGGGAUCCCUGGGUAUCGCUUCAGUCCCCCGAGCGAGGUGUUUGCCAAUCUGACCGUGAACCCGGCCAAUGCGGGCUUCUGUGUCCCUGCAGGAAACUGCCUGGGCUCUGGCGUGCUGAAUGUCAGCGGAUGUAAACAAGGAGCUCCCAUCAUAAUGUCCUCACCACACUUCUACCAGGCAGAUGAGAAAUAUGUUCAAGAUGUAUUUGGGAUGAAACCGAGAAAGGAGCAGCACCAGACUACGAUUGAUAUCAAUCCGCUAACAGGAAUCGUCCUGCAGGCAGCAAAGCGGCUCCAGGUCAACGUCUAUGUCGAGAAACUCCCCAGCUUCAGUCAAACAGGAAACAUGAGGACAGUCAUCUUACCUGUGGUUUAUCUCAAUGAGAGCGUCCUCAUCGACGACGAGUCGGUAGCGAAGCUGCAGGCGAUUGUUACCAAGCAGAAUGUGGUGGUGAAUAUUCCGUUCAUGCUGAUUGGUCUCGGCAUCAUUCUGGGAGGAAUCUUCAUGUUCCUGAUGUGUCGACAGAAAAUCCCCGAGAGCACUGCUGCUGAGCGACAGCCCCUGCUCUCCUCAUAGCACCGAACAGGAUGUGAAAGGAGGAGCAUUGCCGUCUUUGCAGCAUAACACAAAACUUCAGUGGUUCAACAGUAUACAGUUUUACCCUUUAACCUCGCAAGUAACACUUUUCAUUAAUAACCAGAAUUUCACCUUUUAAUCUGUUUUCAAAAAAUGGUUUUAAGGAAGCUCAGUGAGGAGGGCGGUAUCCUCUCUUUGUGUUAUUUGUUACAAGGUUGGUGGUUUAAGGUCUGCCUUUCAAAUUCAAUUGUAAUGAUGCCGAAAUCCCUGUCAUUUUACUGUCAUUUUUAAUAGGCUAUAUUUUCUAUUUUUUCCCUUUUUAUAAAUAUGGGUUAACUAAUCAAAACCCCCACGAACUUAAGUGAUAAAAAGUGAAAACAAAACUUUCAUUAUUUGAUCAAAGUAUUUUCGUGUGAAAUGGAUGCUGAAUGUGCGAGUGUGUGGUUAUGAGAUGAACGGCUACAGAGCUGUAAUAGUAAUGAGGGAAUGUGUUUUUAGAGUUGGGCCAAUAGUCACUUUUUUAGCAUCAUCUGCUGAAGGUGUUGAGACACCACAAACAAGAAAGUUUAUACAUGUUUUAAAUUCUAUAUGUGAGGAGGAUUUCAUUUCUGUUGCUUAAAAUGUUUUGCUCCAAGAAAAAAGCUCUCAAGUCAUUUUAAUAACUGAGGCGUUGAAUGUUUUUUUUUUUUUUGUACAUUUCCUUUAGUCUGUUGGGUUGGCAUUUUUAGUGAAACUUUCCCAAACCAGGUAUUAUUGUAGCCUUCAGUGGAAAUCCAGUAAAUCAAUGUAUGCACGUACAGUUUAAAAUGUGGAAUAGCAUCCAAAUAGUACUAAUUCAACAGUAGCAGUAUAAAGGGAAGGUUUUUGCCUGAUGUGAAGUCUUACGAUGAUGUGAGGCAUAUUUUCUUUCUUUCCCCCCCCGUUUCCAAUAGUUUUCCAUUAAUGUGUGAUUUUUCUACUGACAUAAUGCUACAACCCAUCUAUGAAACAGCUGUAUGUUUCUCCCGCUAACCACUAGGAAUUGGUCAUUAUUGUCAAUGGUCUGCACUAUUAAACUGCAAGUAUAAAAUUAUUAUGACUUUAUUUAAAGUUUUUACCUGUUCUUAAAAUGUCAGUGAUUUUCUGCCCAUUACUAAACAGAAUGUCAAUAUAACGUGUCAGUUAUAUGCAGUUUGAAUAACCACCAUGUGACAACAUUACAUACUGUUCAUCUCGUGUCAAUGUUGCUGUAUUUGUUUUAUAUAUAUAUAUAUAUGUGAAAAAAGAAUAGUGUUUACACUACUGCAAAGAAAUAUCAAUAUGUAAUCAGUUUACACCCUCUCAAUAGGUCAUAUAUAUAACAAUUUGCACGUUGUCUUGUCAUUCACUACAACUCCAAUAAACCUGCCUCACAGUCUC